GUAAGAACCAAAGGACCUCCUUUAUCCUCGCAUGUUUUCCUUGACUUAACAAACCUACAUUUCACACUGGCCCAUCUCAUUUCAUCUUCUUUGGUUCAGUACUUUUUCCUUCUUCAAUUUUCAUUGCCAAAAAACAUGGAUUCCUCACGUUCUCUUCACAUAGCAAUGUAUCCAUGGCUAGCCAUGGGUCAUCAAACAGCAUUCCUCCACUUAUGCAACAAGUUAGCCAAAAGGGGUCAAAGAAUAAGCUUCAUCACCCCAAAAAGUGCACAAGCUAUAUUAGAACCAUUCAAUCUCCACCCAGAUCUCAUCACCUUUGUGCCCAUCACUGUUCCUCAUGUUGAAGGCCUUCCACCCAAUGCAGAAACAACCGCAGAUGUUCCUUACCCUUUGCAACCACACAUCAUGACAGCCAUGGAUCUUACUAAAGAUGAAAUAGAAACCUUUAUUAGUGAUCUGAAACCUGACCUUAUUUUCUACGACUUCACGCAUUGGAUGCCACCUUUGGCAAAACGUUUAGGCAUCAAAUGUGUGCACUAUUGCACUGCUAGUUCUGUGAUGCUUGCUUACACUCUUACACCAGCUAGAUAUUAUCAAGGAAAUGACCUAAGUGAGAGUGAGUUAAUGGAACCCCCAGAAGGGUACCCUGAUGCAUCAAUCAAGCUUCAUGCUCAUGAGGCACGUGCCUUUGCUUCAAAAAGGAAGGACACGUUUGGAAGCAAUGUGCUUUUCUAUGAUCGCCAAUUCAUUGCAUUGAAAGAAGCUGAUGUGUUGGCAUAUAGAACUUGUAGGGAAAUUGAAGGGCCUUAUAUGGAUUACCUUGGGAAACAGUUCAACAAGCCUGUGCUUGCAUCUGGGCCAGUUAUUCUAGACCCACCAACUUCCGAUUUGGAAGAGAAAUUUGCUACAUGGCUUGGAGGCUUUGAACCUGGCUCAGUGGUUUAUUGUUGUUUUGGAAGUGAAUGCACUUUGAGAUCUAAUCAGUUCCAAGAGUUGUUGCUUGGUCUUGAGCUCACUGGCAUGCCAUUCUUAGCAGCUGUGAAACCCCCUUCAGGGUUUGAGUCUGUUGAAGCAGCAAUGCCCGAGGGGUUUGAAGAGAGGGUUCAGGGAAGAGGGUUUGUGUACGGGGGAUGGGUUUUGCAGCAGUUGAUUUUGGCACACCCUUCCUUGGGGUGCUUCAUUACACAUUGUGGUUCAGGGUCUUUGUCUGAGGCAUUGGUGAAUAACUGUCAGCUUGUGUUGUUGCCUAAUGUUGGUGACCAGAUUCUGAAUGCAAGAAUGAUGGGAAACAACUUGCAGGUUGGUGUUGAAGUGGAGAAAGAUGAUGAUGGAAUGUACAGCAAGGAGAGUGUGUGCAAAGCUGUGAGCAUUGUGAUGGAUGAUGAGAAUGAAACCAGCAAAAAAGUGAGGGAUAAUCAUACUAGGCUCAGAGAAAUGUUGCUCCACAAAGACUUGGAGUCCUCUUAUGUUGACAAUUUUUGCAAGCAGCUUCAAGAUAUUGUUGAUGGAAAGGAUCUACUAACUGUUGAUAGUAACGCUGAUAGUGCUGAAUGAUCAUUACAUGAUUAUUGCUUUGAAUUGAGAUGAUGUUAGUUCUUCACAGAUGGAAUGUGGAGCCUAAAAGCGCAAUUCAGAUAGUUCUUUUAUGUGGAAUUUUCUUACAAUUCUGCUCUUGAAACACCAAAUCAACGCCUGUUUCUUUUUUCCUGGGGAAUCAUUUGUCAUAUUUACAAUUUUCUCUUUUUUCUUCUUUCGAUUCCUCUCAUGUAUGUAUACACCCUCUAAGACGCAUUUUCCAUUUUGUUCUAUAUUGGAAUGUUGUUGCAUACAAGUCGUGGUAGUCUUUUGUCGAGGUGAUGUACUAAGCUUGUAAACUAUGAUCGUUUGGGUUAUAAUAAUGGUAGAAAAGAUACUAUUUUUCUACAACAAAGUUGUACAAUAUUUAACUUUUCUAUCUCUGUGUCAGAUAUCUUGUAGCAUAUUCCCCUCUUCAUUUUAUAUCUCUCUCAAUCUCUGUAUACAUGUUCCUAAAUAUUAUAUCAAUAAUGACGUGAACCAAUUAUGUAAAAUUACGUUUUGUUUGUCUGACUGCAUAUGUAUAUUUACGUUUUAAACACUAAAGCCCCAAAUUUGAUGGCUCUUAUGGGGUAGUGAAUUGACAUUGAAACUUUGUUAUCCAGUAAUUCUAAAUAUUUCGAUCAU